AUGCGCAAUUCUCCCCCGCCUUCAGGCGCUAAAUCAGACGACAAGCUUGAACUUGUGACGGUUGAGGAGCAAGAGGAGUUUUUAGAGGUGCUAAAACAGCUUAACUUGGCUACAGCUCAGCCUGCUGCACCAGAUCGCAACGCCGUCGCGGCUCAAAAGGAUUUUAAAUUCUGGAAGACACAGCCUGUGCCCGCGUUGAAUGAAUUUCCACGUGAGCAUGGUGCUAUUGAUCCACCAAAAACCGUCAGUGAUGUGCGUCAAGAGCCUUUUAACAUGCCACCGGGCUUUGAAUGGAGCAUAGUUGAUCUGACCAAACAGAUUGAGGCGCAGGAGGUCUAUGAACUACUUACGCACAACUAUGUCGAGGAUGAUGACAAUAUGUUUCGUUUUGACUACUCGAUUAAAUUUCUCAUGUGGGCGUUGACUCCUCCUGGUUUCCACAAAGACUGGCACGUGGGAGUGCGCAACCAAAAGACCAAUAAACUGAUGGCAUUUAUAAGUGGUAUUCCUGUCAAGACGCGUGUCUAUCAAAACACACUGUCAAUGGCAGAGAUCAAUUUUCUUUGUGUACAUAAAAAGUUGCGAACCAAGCGGCUUGCACCGGUGCUGAUCAAGGAGAUCACGCGCCGUGUGAACCUUCGGGAUAUCUGGCAUGCCGUUUAUACGGCAGGGGUAGUGCUGCCUAUGCCUGUCGCGCAAUGUCGCUACUUCCACCGCUCACUUAACCCAAAAAAGCUAAUUGAGGUGGGCUUCUCUAGACUGGCACCAAGAAUGACGAUGACGCGUACCAUUAAAAUGUAUAAGUUGCCAGAAAUCCCAUCGGUGCAAGGUUUUCGAGCAAUGCAGAAGAAAGAUGUGGCCCAGGUCACGACGCUGCUUAAGACGUAUCUAGCGAAAUUUGAUCUUGUUCAGCAUUUCGAUCAGCAUGAUGUGGCCCACUGGAUGCUGCCUCGAGACGGUGUGAUCAGCGCGUAUGUCGUGGAAAACCCAGAGACUCACAAAAUUACAGACUUUACGAGUUUUUAUCAUCUUCCAUCGACAGUUAUUGGCCACGACAAGCAUAGCAAACUGAAUGCUGCCUACUCGUUUUAUAAUGUAGCUACGACGGUUCCGCUCACCGAUCUCAUGUACGACACGCUGGUGAUGGCCAAAAAAGAGGGUUUUGAUGUUUUUAACGCGCUCAGUCUGAUGGACAACAUGGAGUUCCUCAAUACGCUCAAAUUUGGCCCAGGAGACGGUGACCUUAUGUACUACUUGUAUAACUGGCGGUGCCCGCGAAUGGAAGGUACCAAGGUUGGUAUUGUACUGUGCUAG